AUGGAAGCCGCUACUUUUGAAGCGGAUCGGACUCUCUUUGUGGGCAAUCUCGACGUUAAAGUGACAGAGGAGCUGCUCUUCGAGCUUUUCCACCAGGCAGGCCCUGUAAUAAAAGUUAAAAUUCCAAAGGGUAAAGAUGAUAAACCAAAGCAGUUUGCAUUCGUGAAUUUCAAACAUGAAGUAUCUGUUCCUUAUGGAAUGAAUCUACUUAAUGGAAUAAAACUUUUUGGAAGGCCCAUCAAAAUUCAGUUCAAAUCAGGAAGUAGUCAUGCUUCUCAGGAGGUUACUUCAUCAUAUUCGCAGCGUAAUCUUGGGGAUGCAAGUCCAUCUAGCAUACCACAAUCCACUUCAGCUUCUAGUAGAUACAAAAGGAAUAUGGAUAACUUGAUAUCUGGAUGUAAUUCUGCACAAAUGCUACAGAGGUCUUUCUCAUCUCCAGAUAACCUUCAAAGACAGGCUGUGAUGAACAACGUUCUGUGGCAGCAACAGGGAUCAUUCAUUGGGAAGUUUGUAGGUCAGCCCCUGCAUCCCCCUAGUCUGACACCCUCAGGGUGGCAGCAUGGUCAUUCAUUUACCCUUGAUUCCAGUUCCCGAUGGUGCCAGAAUAAAUCAAUGUCACAGAGAAAAACCAGGCAGAACUCCCAUCCCUACCACUCAGAUAGGCUGUAUAGCUGUGGGCAGCGAUAUAGGGAUCAUGGAUCAUUAUAG